AUGUUAGGCAACCCAGAGAUGUUCAGUCUUCAGGUUACUAUAUCAACCUUGAAACAUGGAUACGAUCUGCUACUGAGCGCCACGAACGCGACAGAACCUUCUAUAAUACGAGUAUUUGGAAUUGCCAUGCAGCGAAGAUCUCGGGAGCAGCUUCUCCUCCACUUGCGUUGGCUUCUUGGGCCUGGAAUACUCGAACUCGGUCGACUAUGCAAGGCCACCUUUUACAGUAGCGACGCGGCGGUGCUUUGUAAUGCGGACGAAGUCGCAAACCUUGUGCAACAGGGAAGCAUUCGAAGCAUAGGCAACGACGUGAUUGAGCUCUCCACCGAUAGCCGGAACGUGGUGGGAUCAGUGGGUGUGAAACCUCUUGGUACGGGUCCAGGUUCUUUCCACUCACUCUCGAAAGAAGGCAACUCUUGGAAGGAAAGCAACAACCACCAAGGGACAACACAAACAAUCCGAAUCUCAAUGAGUCUUCUCCUCCGUAAUCUAGCGCAUGCCGGAUUUUGUCUCAUCACAGGGCCUGCAUUUACGAUGCAACACCUUGAAAAAGCCAUUAAUGCCUCAGUUAUUUAG